CUGUUUUCAUUCAUUCAGUCCGUUGAAACAUUCCUUAGUCUAUUUCAUUUCAUUUAUUUUGUUUUUAGUAAAGUGUUUUGUGAGGAGUCAUUCAUGACGGCGCCCGCGCGGCUGCCAUGGGCGCGGCGCGUCAUGCGUUCGCGAACGCGCCCGCUGAGGCUGCUGCUCGCGGCGCUGGCGCUCGCUUCUUGCGCCGCCGCACCCGCCCCCGAGCCGCGCGCCCAGCGUUCGGCGAACCUCAGCCACAUAACCGGCACAUCGCGCACAAUACAGAUGUUCCUCAAGAACCGCUAUCUCCAGCUGCUGCCCGAUGGCACCGUCAACGGCACCACAGACGGCAACAGCGUUUACAGUAAGUCAUAA